CAUUUAUAAAGCUACUUGGGAAACGAACUAGCUAGCGGCCAUCCAAAGCUAGCGACACGAAGCAUAGCGAUUAUAUGUCGUUCCAGUUGAAUGGAUUAAUUGUCUCUUUGAGGAAUAUGGAAAUAUCUUCAAAAUACAUAAAUGAUCAGUCAACCAAGGGAAACCUGUCAACACCUGGAAAAUAGCCGCACGAGGCUCCAUCUGCUGACCAGUAGAGGUUGUACUCGAUCGCCUGAGAGACGGACCAGUAUCUGUCCAGGCUGAUGGCGCACAGGUGAACAAUGGACGAGGUACAGAAGAGCACAUCCAAAGCCAGAUGUCUGAAGACUUGGUCAAGCAGUUGAACAGCUACAAAGCCCAGCUACAGCAAGUAGAAGUUGCCUUAUCUACCGACCAAGAAAAUGAAGACCUCCUUAAGCUCCAGAAAGACUUGCAGGAAGUCAUCGAUUUGACAAAAGACCUCCUAACCUCACAACCCGCUGAGAGUGCUUCCAGUACCAAGGGCUCAGAAACGGUUCCACAGAAGCAUGGCUGGAAAGUGGGGGACAGCUGCCUGGCUGUGUGGAAUCAGGACGGACAGGUGUAUGAGGCUGAGAUUGAGGAGAUAGACCGGGAGAACAGCACCGCAGCUGUAACCUUCGCCGGGUACGGGAAUGCUGAAGUGAUUCCUCUGCAGAACCUCAAGGCAGUCGAGGAGGGAAAACAUACGGACGAGGAUGGGAAGCCAAAAUCAAGGAAAGAGCAGAUAGCAGAGCAGAGAGAGUAUAAGAAGAAGAAAGCCCAGAAGAAAGUACUGAGGAUGAAGGAAUUAGAGCAAGAGCGGGAGGAACAAAAGUCAAAGUGGCAACAGUUCAACAACAAAGCCUACUCAAAGAACAAGAAAGGACAGGUAAAGAGGAGCAUAUUUGCAUCUCCAGAAAGCGUCAAUGGAAAGGUGGGAGUGGGAACAUGUGGUAUUGCAGACAAGCCAAUGACCCAGUACUAUGACACGUCAAAAUACAAUGUCAGACAUCUGAUGCCUCAAUGACCUGAUUUAUUCUGUAUAUAAUAAUCCACUGUAUACUACCUGUAUCAGUGCUUUCCAUUGUGUUUAUACAUGAUUUACGUUUCCCAAGUAAAGAAAGCUUUGAAAGGAAUUGCUUGCACACCAUUGUUUGAAAUAUUGAUGUAGUUUUCUUAUAUAUUAUGUAGGUACAACAAAACAAAAACAAAACCAGAUAGGGGGGGUUUUCCCUGCACUGGAACAAAGUCACCUGUUUUGUAAGAACAGGAUCCGGUGUUGUAGAUAAACCGUAUAGUUUGUUGUUUGUGUCCAGGUUCCUCUGAGGCCAAAUACCUGCUAAGAUGAGGAUAAAUAUACACCCGCAGAUUUGGUUUGUUGUACAUUUUGAAGCUGGAUUUUAAAUACUGACCCAUUUUGGGGGGGGGGGGGUCUGGAAGUCAAUAAUGCUGAUUUGACAUGGCUGAAUUUACGUUUUAAUUUCUAUGUAUAUAACAGUGAAAUAAACGUUGUUUUGUUUUCAAUUUUUUAAA